GGGUGAGUAUAUAGAGGAACACAGGGGUCUGUACAAGGACGUGAUGAUGGAGAAUCACCGGCCCCUCACAUCACUGGAUGGGCCCAGUAACAGAGAUACCCCAGAGAGAUGUCCCCGUCCUCUGUAUUCCCUGGACUGUACAGAGGAGAAUCACAGGAUCCCACAGGAGGAUCAGGAAGAACGUCUGUCUGAUAUAAAGGCAGAAGAUAUAGAGGGAGAAGAAGAGACGUAUGUGACUGAUAUAAAGGCAGAAGAUUUAGAGGGAGAAGAAGAGACGUAUGUGACUAAUAUAAAGGCAGAAGAUAUAGAGGGAGAAGAAGAGACGUAUGUGACUGAUAUAAAGGCAGAAGAUUUAGAGGGAGAAGAAGAGACGUAUGUGACUAAUAUAAAGGCAGAAGAUAUAGAGGGAGAAGAAGAGACGUAUGUGACUGAUAUGAAGGCAGAAGAUAUAGAGGGAGAAGAAGAGACGUAUGUGACUGAUAUAAAGGCAGAAGAUACAGAAGGAGAAGAAGAGACGUAUGUGACUGAUAUAAAGGCAGAAGAUACAGAAGGAGAAGAAGAGAUGUAUGUGACUGAUAUAAAGGCAGAAGAUAUAGAGGGAGAAGAAAAGACGUAUGUGACUGAUAGAAAGGCAGAAGAUAUAGAGGGAGAAGAAGAGACAUAUGUGACUGAUAUGAAAGGAGAAGAGACGAAUGUGACUGAUAUAAAGACAGAAAAUAUAGAGGGAGAAGAAGAGACGUAUGUGACUGAUAUAAAGACAGAAGAUAUAGAGGAAGAAGACGAGACGUAUGUGAGGGGUGAUCAGCAGUGUAAGAAGGAGGAGAUCCCUACAGAUAUCAGCACAGCAGAUGGACACACAAGCUGGAAUAUCUCAGAAGGACAUCUAAUGUUAUCCUUGGAUUGUGACAUUAAAGAUAAUGACAGUAGACAGGAUUCUCCAGGAGCUAACCCCAUUACCCUAAUUAUACAUCCAGCUCUAUCAGCUGGUCCCCCUGAUCCUGCAAAAUAUUCUCCUGAUCACUCUGAUAUUGGUGCAUCUGUUACAGCUCUGAGAGUAGAUACAUUGUUUCCAUGUUCUAUAGAUGCCAAAUGUUUUACACAGAACACAAAGCCUAUUAACCCACACACAGGUAAGGCAGGUGAAAGGCCACUGAUAUGUCCGGAGUGUGAGAAAUGUUUUACAUACAAAUCAGAUCUUGUUAUACAUCAGAAAAGUCACACAGGUGAGAAGGCAUUUCCGUGUUCUGAGUGUGGGAAAUGUUUUGCACGGAAAUCACGUCUUGUUAGACAUCAGAGAAGUCACACAGGUGAGAAGCCAUUUCCAUGUUCUGAGUGUGGGAAAUGUUUUACACAGAAAUCAGAUCUUGUUAAACAUCAGAGAAGUCACACAGGUGAGAAGCCAUUUCCAUGUUCUGAGUGUGGGAAAUGUUUUACACGGAAAUCAGAUCUUAUUAUACAUCACAGAACUCACACAGGUGAGAGGCCAUUUCCAUGUUCUGAGUGUGGGAAAUGUUUUGCACAGAAAUCAGAUCUUGUUAAACAUCAGAGAAGUCACACAGGUGAGAAGCCAUUUCCAUGUUCUGAGUGUGGGAUAUGUUUUGCACACAUAUCAAAUCUUGUUAUACAUGAGAGAAGUCACACCCGUGAGAAGCCAUUUUCUUGCUCUGAGUGCAGGAAAAGUUUUACCUGGAAAUCCCUACUUGUUAUACAUCAGAGAAGUCACACAGGUGAGAAGCCUUUUCCAUGUUCUGAGUGUGGGAAAUGUUUUGCACUGAAAUCAGAUCUUGUUAAGCAUCAGAGAAGUCACACAGGUGAGAGGCCAUUUCCAUGUUCUGAGUGUGGGAAAUGUUUUGCACACAAAUCAGAUCUUGUUAGACAUAACAGAAGUCACACAGGUGAGAAGCCAUUUCCAUGUUCUGAGUGUGGGAAAUGUUUUACACAGAAAUCACAACUUGUUAUACAUCAGAGAAGUCACACAGGUGAGAAGCCUUUUCCAUGUUCUGAGUGUGGGAAAUGUUUUGCACACAAAACCGUUCUUGUUAGACAUAACAGAAGUCACACAGGUGAGAAGCCAUUUCCAUGUUCUGAGUGUGGGAAAUGUUUUACACGAAAAUCAGUUCUUGUUAUACAUCAGAGAAGUCACACAGGUGAGGCCAUUUAUAUACUCUGAGAAAUAAAUCAGCUCUUGUUGCACACAAUAGACAUCACUCAGUUGAGGAACCAUUUUAAUCUUCUGGAGUAUACUCAUCAUUGCCUUGCGUUGUUCUUCAAGGUUCUUAUCCUAUCUCCUAUGCUUUUUGCAAUAUACAUGCUACCACUGGGUAUAAUAAUCAGAUGUCAUGUCCUCAUCUACCACUGCUAUGCAGAUGACCUGUCUUUUGCUCCGGGUACUGAGAACCCAGUACCAAUCCUAAAUGGUUGUCUAGCUGAGCUCCAGGUGUGGGUGAUGCCAGUUGGCUGUGACUCAGUCCUGGUGAAACAGGUCCUUUUGAUAGAAGCUCACCAACAAAGUACAGGGCUACAGCUCAGCUUUGCCUACCAACCAGAAUUACGCUUGGGGGUUCAGAGUUACAAAAUGCUGAUCAUGGGGGUGAUUCCGAGUUGUUAGCUCGCUAGCUGAUUGUAGCAGCAUUGCACACGCUAGGCCGCUGCCCUCUGGGAGUGUAUCUUUGCUUAGCAGAAUUAUGAACGAAAGAUUAGAAUAGCGAAUAGAAAAUUCUUAGCAGUUUCUGAGUAGCUCAAGACUUACUCCUACACUAAGAUCAGCUGAGGCCAUUUCGUUCCUGGUUUGACGUCACAAACAUGCCCUGCGUUCGGCCAGGCACUCCCCUGUUUCUCCAGACACACCCGCUUUUUAUCCUGGCACGCCUGCGUUUUUCUGCACACUUCCAGGAAACGGUCCGUUUUUGGCCAGAAACACCCACUUCCUGUCACUCACACUCCGAUCACUUCAACGCUGAAAAUUCUUCGUUCUGCCGUGAGUAAAUCUACAAAGUUUUGAACUAAAAUACUUGUCACACUGCUCAUUUUCGCAUUAAUUGCUCCGUUGCUAAAAUCGGCAACAAGCGAACAACUCGGACUGACCCCCCAUAUGCGGAAUCUUGGUGUCCUGGAUGGUGGAGUGACACUUAGACAUCAGGUAUCAGCCACAAUCAGAUCCUCAUCUGAGGAACAGAGCCAGACUCCAGCACUUUAUUCCCUCAGAAGAUCUACCUACAGUCAUACAUGCACUUUUAUCAUCACACUUAGACUACUGCAAUGUCCUCUACCUGGGUCUCCCAGCAAAAGAAUUGCAUCGGUUGUAGCUUGUACAGAAUGCAGCAGUCAGGCUGUUACCUAAUCAGCCCGUUCCUGCCACAUAAUACCCAUUCUCUGCUCCCUUCACCGGCUGCCUGUAAGAUUGUGACUCUAUUACAUAAUCUUACUGACUCUCCCAGCCCUACAUGACCAGGGUCCAUGGUACCAGAUGCAGCUUCUGCCUCCUUACUGUCCUACUUGCUUCCAUCUGCAGAUGGACUGUUACCAGCUGUACCAAGAAACUCCAAGCAGUGCUGAGAUGUCAGGGGGGGGGGGGACAGGGU